UUCUACCUACAAUCGAAGCUCAACUGUGAAAAAAACUGGAAUCUGGGCGAUGCACGGUAAAGAGCAGUCGGGCAGUUCAAAAUUAUCACGAGGAAAGAGGAACAGAAAUCAGUAUGCCUUAGUUUUCUUGUUUACGAGAAACCUGGAAGCAUUUUAACGAGCAAUUCUCUUGCGAAUUUAGGCGAAUAUCACAGGGAAAGUUAUAUUAAGUGCGCGCGCAAACUUCAAUUACAGAAUUUGUGCGUAAAGUAGUCUGACCUCUGUUAAAUCUCAGAGCGGGUAAAAAAUCCUAAAACGCAGAUGCGUCAGAUUAAACCCUAAGCUAUAAGAUAUAUUGCUCAAAAAAUACGGUUUGAAUCUGAAGGCGUAAGGCCCCGCUCUAAGCGGCGCCCGAAGUCCUAAUAAACCCUUGCAAAGCAUUUUUCAGCUGAAGUGGAAUAUCUCAGAGCUGUUAGCUCGUUUAUUUCAUGGCGAAUGGCAUAGCCAAAGUAAACAUAAAAACACCACAAUUCAUUACUCGCCCUUUCCAUUAUCCUCUCAGGUAUCUUGAGCUGAUAAGUUUACGGGUUUCACCAACAAGGAAAGCGUUAAAAGUAUCAUUGAAAGCACGACAAAACAAAUCACCCUCCAGGAACCUAAACCAAAAAGCACCUCCAAAGCAACUCCACCUAUGGAAGAGAAAAUCAACAUCUGGAUCUGGUAAAAGCUCACGUGCACUUGUUGACACAGUUAUGAAACUUUCAAAUGACAAGUGUUCAGUUUAUGGAGCACUAGACCAAUGGGUAGCCUGGGAGGAAGAGUUCCCCUUGAUUGUUCUUACUAAAGCCCUUGGAAUUUUGAAGCAGAGAUGUCAGUGGAAACGAAUAAUCCAGGUUGCCAAAUGGAUGUUGAGUAAGGGUCAAGGAAUGACGAUGGGCACAUAUGAUACAAUGAUACUUGCAUUUGAUAUGGAAGGGAGGGUUGAUGAGGCUCAAGCAUUAUGGGACAUAAUUUCUUCAAAGUAUUCAAGAUCUAUACCCAAGAUGUUGUUUUCAAGAAUGAUAUCCAUGUAUGAGAAGCACAACAUGCCGGGAAGGCUUUUGGAGAUCUUUAUGGAUAUGGAGGAGUUGGAUAUUAGACCAGAUGAGACUACACUGAAAAAGGUCGGAUAUGCUUUUUUAAGGAUGGGUUUUAAAGAUAAACGAAAUGAAGUUCUCAUGAAGUAUAAACCAAAAUGGAAGUAUCUUCAUUUUAAUGGUGAACAAGUUCGAGUACGUAGAGAAGACCUAGAAAACAUGCAAAAACUAUAAACUAAUAUAUUAUCCUAACCUAGUUGAGAAAUCUUUGAAGUUGAAUUGUCAUUUUAUUCAUAAUCAUCUGUAUAUUAUAAUCUUUAACUUGUUAAUAUCUUUACUAAAUGUAUAAUUCUUAUUGUGCAAAAGCUUAACUUGUUGAUAUUAGCCUAGUACUUUUUUAAAACAUUGAUAAUUCCUUUAUAUGAUAUUUAAGUGCAUCUAAGGAGUGUUAUGACACCUC